AAGGGGCGCUGCUGCUCUGCCCCUUCCUUGCCUCUGAGCUGGGCUGGCUCCUUCCCCGGGAGGCGUGUUGCUGCAGCCGCUGAUCGAAGGCUGAGGUCACCAGGCGGGAGGAGGGGACGGCAAGCGAGGAAGAGGGAAAGCCCAAGCGGCAGAUCUCGCCCUCCGACUUGCCCAAACUUGCCCUGCCACUUUGCCUGGCUUCUUUCUGCCGGCCUCUUAACCCUCCGCGUCUAAGGAGCACCACCGAGCUACGAAGAGCCGUUGCACCCACCCCCACACCGCGUUGAAUAAGAGCAGCAGCCUGACUCCUUUGGGAAACAGGGUACGGCUCUGGAGGGAACGAUGCCGCCAAAGCGCAAGGCCCCUGCCCAAACCAGGGCAGCAGUCAAGGGCAAGAAAGUGAAACAGGAGGAGCCGGAGCUAAAGGCUGAACCUGAAGAAGACAGUUUCCGCUCCACCGUGGAGGCGCUGAAGGCAGCUCCCAAAGAAAAGCUCAAGGCCAAAAUUGACUCUGCCUGUCAGCUGAGCGACGUUGAUAGCGCCAAGAUUCACGAGGACUACGAUUGCAUGCUGAACCAGACCAACAUUGGCCACAAUAACAACAAGUUCUACAUCAUCCAGCUCAUAGAACAGAAUGGGAAGUACAGCUGUUGGAACCGCUGGGGCCGUGUGGGAGAAGUAGGGCAAUCAAAACUCAACGCCUUUCCAUCCUUGGAGGAGGCCAAGAAGGAUUUUGAGAAGAAAUUUCGAGAUAAGACCAAGAACAGCUGGGCUGACCGGGAGAACUUUGUGGCUCAUAAUGGCAAGUACACCUUGAUUGAGGUGCAACAUGCUGAUGAUGAAGAGGAGCAGGAGGCCACCGUGAAGGUGGACAGUGUAGAUGGAGUGAAGCUAUCCAAGCAAAGGAUAAGGCCCUGCACCUUGGACAAGCCUACUCAGGAGCUGGUCUCGCUCAUCUUCAGCAACGACAUGUUUAACGACGCCAUGCAGACCAUGAAUUUAGAUGUGAAGAAGAUGCCCCUGGGGAAACUGAGCAAACAGCAAAUUGCCAAAGGCUUUGAAGCUCUGGAGGCCAUUGAGGGAGCCCUGCAGAAGCAGCCGCCUUCCCAGAAGCAGCUGGAGGAGCUCUCCUCUCGCUUCUACACCAUCAUCCCCCACAACUUUGGCCGGGCUCGGCCUCCAUCCAUCAGCACUCAGGAGGUUGUCCAAGCCAAGAAGGACAUGCUGCUGGUACUGGCAGAUAUUGAACUGGCCCAGAGUAUGCAGGCCCAGAAAAAGAAGGAAGAGGAAGAAGAGGAGGAAAUGAAGGUGGAAGAGGUCCCACACCCAGUGGACAAGGACUAUGGCCUCUUAAAAUGCGAACUCACACUGGUAGACCCGUCGUCGGAGGAUUAUAAGCUGAUUGUAAACUACGUAGAGAAGACAGGCUGCACUUAUCGGAAGCUUCAAGUCCUGAACAUCUGGAAGGUGAACAGAGAGGGCGAGGGCAACCGUUUCAAGGCUCACGGCCACCUGGAGAACAGGCGACUGCUCUGGCAUGGCACCAACGUGGCUGUCAUUGCAGCCAUCCUGAAGAGUGGUCUACGCAUCAUGCCACACUCCGGCGGGCGUGUGGGCAAGGGCCUCUACUUUGCAUCGGAGAACAGUAAAUCGGCAGGAUAUGUUGGCACCACCUCCAAUAGGGUGGGGAUUAUGUUCCUGAAUGAGGUGGCCCUUGGCAAAGAGCAUCACAUCACCCAGGACGACUAUUCGCUCUGCAAGCCCCCAGACGGUUAUGACAGUGUCGUGGCCCGAGGCGUGACUGAGCCAGACCCGGCGCAGGAUAAAGAGAUAAUCCUGGAUGGGAAAAAAGUGCUGGUAUCCCAAGGAAAGCCUGUUCCUAUGGCUAAGUACAAGAGCUCCCGCUUCAGCCAGAGCGAGUACCUGAUCUACCAGGAGAGUCAGUGCCGCAUUCGCUACCUUAUUCAGCUCCACUUCUGAGGCGUUUCUCGAGCAGCUCGCCUGCUGGGCCCCGCCUAUGCAGCAAGGACGUCCUCGUCUCCCUAGCACUGAACAGGCAUGUGACUGUGAUAUGGCGGUCCGCAGUUGGACUGCCUUGGCAUAGCCAGCCAUGUUUGUCAGCUCUUAGUGGAAUUCUGCGGUCCCAGAUGGGCCGAGGAAAGCAGAACCACUCUCUAGGUUCAUUUUAGGACUGUGUUAGGCUCCGUAAUACUGUACAGAUGAAAGUCUGACAAGGUGGAAGACAACCAAAUGCUGACAAGUGGCACUUCCUCCUUUCAGAGCACUUUAAGGCCUGUAAAUAAAAGAAUGUACGUUAA